UUUAUCUUGCUGGCUCUUUGUCUGUUUGUCCGUCUUCCUGUUGUCUGUCUCUUUCUCCUCCCUAGCCGUUCUCUCUCCUCUCUCCUUGGAGGCCUGAGUGGGUGUGCUUUUUGACUUUCCCUUUUCCUCCUCUGUUGUAGCUCUCAACUCUAUUAUUCAAUUCUUCGCCGGCUCUGUUUCUCUCAAAAGUCGUCAGCAGCCUGGCCUGACGUCUCGUGUUUUAUUUGGCCUGUGUCUCUGUUUGGUCCCCUCCCCCCACUGUCUGUUCGCCCGAUCCCCACUGGAUGAUGGAUCAACACUGGUAAUGCGCUGGCAGCCAUGAAGCAGGCAAUUGCACAAGCAGGAUCUAUAUUCACUGGCUGGAUAUCCUCCUGCUCCUCCUGUCUGCACUCCGGGGAUGACGAGAGUUUCUAUCAUCAACAAGCCAUGCAGCGUAAAGGUGCUGAACGGGAGAUGAAGAUAUGCCAUACGCAACAGCCCCGUCUGAUCCCUCCCAUGAAGCCACUCGUCUACGAUGAAGCUCCCAUCCCACGCCCUCUACCCCGGGCCCCAUCCUUACCGUCCUGGAUGAUUGAGAGCAAGAACCGUGCGAGCAUGUCGCUGAAGAGAAAGUCUACAGCACCCAUCCGCAUCAGCGCACCGUCGGAUUUCCGACGAGUGUCGACCUCUCUGCCUGACGCAGAUGGGUUUUCCCCGUUGGAGCUGAGCUUCAAUGUGCCAGGCCGUCAGCUCCCCGAUCUUCCUCACUUUGACGAAUUCCCACUUGAGACAGAUCGUCGCUCACCGAUCAAACGGCCUUCGCGCGUCCUACCAGCCGAGAACAGUCGUCUACCCCAGGCGAGAGCCCAACAUCGACCGACUUCAUCGUUCCAGUUGCCCCGCAAGCCCGUCGGCUCUGGUUCUCGUCGUUCCUCUCUCGCUGCCCACGAAUAUCUCAAUCUUGGAGAGAAACAGACCACCUCCCCCAGCCCCUUCAUCCCUCAUUUCUCGAGCCGUGGGCAGAGCUCCGUCACCACUGGCCCUAGUACAAGCUUACCAUCCCCCAUCCCAGUGCCACACUUCAACACAGACUCCCGCCCUCAGCGCCGGCAGCACCAUAAUGAAGCUACUUCUGCAUUCCACGAGCCUCCAAGAACACCCACCAGGCCCAACCUGCAGGACAGGCCCUUACCUUCGAUACCAACUGAGGAGAGCCCCUCUUCAUCCAGGAGCACAACAUCUCAUCCCCCGUCAACACCAUGCGAGAACGCAGGUCGCCCUCCAACGACCCCCUCAGAGCAACCCGAGCAGACCCCCUCUCGCUCAGGCCGCGUAACGCAGUGGCUAUUCCAAGCCAACAGUUCGCACGGCGCAAACAACAACAGCCCCAGCAAGCAGCACUCCCCCGGUACCUCUUGGCUGAAACUCUCUCCCACCAGCGAGAAGGGCCCGUUCCGCAUCCGCUCGCGUACCCUCAGCGGAUCGACCCUGGCUUCGUCCAUCACGGGUCUGACCGGCGGCUUCAAGAGCCCGCCCACCCCGUCUUUAUCAAGCAACACGACGGCCACCACUCCUCUUCCUCCUGCUGUUACAGCCCAUGCCACGCAGACUUCCAUGGACCGUCCAGAGAAAGAAGGUACUGGCCCCAGCCUGGCCAGCCCAUUCACCUCCCGCCUGACCGAAGACCGCAUCUACCCCACCAUCUUCGAAAGCGAGCAACCCCAGCGGCACUCCCGACAGCAGCAACAGGACUACGAGGAUUUCCACCCCCAGUACUACGAGAACUACCGUCACUCCGCCGUUGGACUAGCCUUCUGAAUCUUGCUUCCGUCGUUGGAACCCAGCCACCUCCUCUCUCGGUUUGUGUCCCUCAUUGAAGCGACAGAUCCGCCUUUCAUGAGAUCUAAGCCCUAGCUCCCCUACGCUCGAACACUCUCUCACCACAUUCUCUUCCGACCUCCUGCACAAUACUUAUACACUAGCCCCCUCCGACCUGCAAAUCCAUGCUGCCUAAACUCAAUUUAAUGCCCGCCAAUGCCUUAAUGCUCUGAUAUACCCCUGCCACCGCAUAUGCUCCGAAGCUCUGCACUCUGUUCACCACUCGUUUCAGCCCGUCGCGGCUGCUAAUAUGUCGAUACCCCUCGUUCCAUGGUCAUUCGUUUGAGACUCCACACCGGCGAUGCAUCGCGUUAGGUAUUAGCUUAUAUAGAUUAUUCAUGUCUUACGCUCGUUUCUAA